AUGGAUUUCCACCUGGUACCGAGGGGCACUGACCGGAACUAUACGGGCUUCCUAACCAAGACAAUCGUCUACUCAGGCACACUGGUGCUGUUCCUAGCUUGUGAGUUAACAUCGAAGCUCUCCCCGCGCUACGAUGGGAUGGAUCCACACGCCUAUCCGCCUACAUAUCACCCGGAUAACAGCUCCAAAAAGUUCUGGCUGACAAGUAUAUACACUACAGCUUUUGCGUUGACACUAUGCUCCAUCGUCAUUCCAAAAUGGGUUAGCUAUCAUAGCGAGAAGCCCGCCCACCACUAUUCCUACGGUCUCCACCAACGCUGCUCUUCGCUCACCGAUACCUGCGAGAAUUUCCCACAGAGCCAAGACUGCCAUGGAGAUGACCGGUAUUUCUGCUCGAUGUGGCGAUCCGUCGGGUUCUUGAUGUCCUUUGCCGUGGUGUUGGAAGGCAUGAGCAUCGUCGCCUACCUGAUUAUCCUCGGCGGUGGGAAGCGGCUGCGAGAGAAUGGUUGGCGGGUUCUCAGUCUGUUGAUUAUUUUGUCUGCUAUUGUGCAAGCUGCGGGCAUGUCGAUUGUGGCAUAUCUGUUCGAUAACGAGGACCGGUUCUUCGUUGGCUGGCGUUUGGACCAGUCUUGGGUUUUCUGUACUGUCAGUUGGUGCUUUAGUCUGAUCUGCGCGGGCGCGAUCGUUAUUGCUGCUCAGAUCUUGCCUUCCGAGGGAGGCUAUGAGCUUAUCCCGGAUCAUGAUACGCUUAGGGUGACCUCUUGA